CACCGUAUCUUCCGUAGAGUCCCGCUCAAAAGACUUAGCACAACAGCGUACUAUUAGUCGUCCUCCUCCGCAAAACAUGUUUCACGCUGCCAUCCGCACUGCUGCACUCAGCGCCCGCUCUGCUUUGAGGACGUCCUCCGUGGCUGCACGGGCCAUUUCCACCACUCCUGCUCGCCUUUCGGGCGGCGCAGUCCCUGAGCUUUUCGGCCCUGGCGCGAAGCCCGGAGAGGUCGCCACCGAUGAGGAACAAGCGACUGGUCUUGAGCGCAUUCAGGUGCUCGGAGAUAAGGAGGGUAUUGAGGUGUUCGACCUGAAGCCCCUGGAUUCGAGCAGGAUUGGCACGCUCGCCGACCCCAUCAAAGUCAUCUCAUGGGCCCCUGAGCGCAUCGUCGGCUGCACCGGUUCUCCCGCGGACUCUCAUAAUUUGGUUUGGAUGAACCUCACUACCACGAAGAACAGGCGCUGCUCGGAGUGCGGCUCUGUCUACAAGCUGGACUACCAGGCCCAGGAGCCUCUCACGCUGCAUGAGCACUAGAAUUGUACUCGCAUUCCUACCAAC